CUAUCGCCUUUCAAAACCACUUGAGAUCGCAUCACACAACAUGUGCAGUAUUGUCUACGAUCAGGAGCUUCAGGCAGCUCCACCCCGCCAUUUGGAUGCCCCCUUCUUCGAGGAGGUAGUGGAGACGGCAUUGCGCACAGCUCGCAUCCAACUGCUUGGCAUCCACUGCAGUCUGGGCAGCAGCACCGGAGAGAACUAUUGCAGUCAAAUCUACCGGGUGCGCAUCAAAUACAGAUGGGAUAAUAAUGGAAAGAAGGCCUCACAGCAGGAGCAUCAAAUGUCAGUCAUUGUGAAGAGUAUUCCACGCAUAGAAUCGGUGGAGUUCAUAGAGGAUUUGCAGGUGUACUUAAAGGAAAAGAUCACGUAUUAUGAGGUGCUGCCACGCCUCGAGCUGCUCAUGCAGUGCAAGCGACGCUUCGGACCCAAACUUUAUCAAUGCCUCAAGCUGCCGGAGAACACUUUGGUAUUUGAGGAUCUCAGUCAGCUGGACUAUGUGAUGGCCUCACGGGAAGCGGGAUUAAAUGAGGAACAUUGUCGCCUAGUCAUGGAACGUUUAGCAGAAUUUCAUGCGGCUUCCAUGGCGCUAGCAACGCUGGACCCGCAAAUCUUUGAAGCCUUUGGUGAUGGCAUGCUCUCACCUCAUGGCUUGGCCAAGGAUGAUGGAUUGCUGUUGCGCUUUUUCAGCGGCAAUGCCAAACAGCUGCACAAAGUGGUCAACAGCUGGCCAGGAUUCGAGCGCAUUGCCAGCAAAAUAGACAAAUAUCUGCAGCAACAACGUGCACACUUGGUGCGUGCCCAAGCCCCACUUGAAAAGGAAAUUAAAGUGCUCAAUCAUGGCGAUCUGUGGGUGAACAACAUGCUCUUCAAAUACGAUCGAGUUCAACAGCCGCAGGACGUGAUCUUCAUCGAUUUUCAGCUGAGCAUUUGGGGCAGUCCAGGCAUCGAUUUGAAUUACUUUUUCUACACUAGUCUCAGCUUGGAUAUUCUUAAGCACAAGCGACCCCAACUACUGAAAGUCUAUCACAAUCGACUGAAGGAGACACUGCUUCAGCUGGACAUGAAUGUUCCAGUACCCAGCUAUGAGCAGCUUCUCAACGAGGUGCAGCGCAGAGAGAGCUAUGGCUUCUUUGCCGCCUAUGGCAUACUGCCCACAGUUAGUCAAAGCAAGGCGCAAACCGCUGACAACAAUUUGGAGAACUUUAAAGACGCCGACUUUGCACAGCGCAAAGUGGAACAACAAUUUGAGUCGCCGCGCGUCGUUGAAACAAUGCGCUAUGCGUUGCCCCAUUUUGAGCGUGCUGGUGUUUUUGAUUAAAAAUUGAUGGCACUCACCUUAUAUUAGUUGUUGGUUAUUGCACAAGCUAAGUUUAAUUGUAGAAACACUUAGUUUUUAAACUCAAAAUAAACUUUUCAAAGAAUUACGCGCA